AUGCUGCACUCCGGGGUGAAGCUCUGUGCUCGGCUGCUGCUGCUGUCCCUCUCCUGGGGGGGCACCCAUUCAACAGGGGGACCCGGCUCCACCCUGCCCCCGGUGGUCUCCGGACCCCCGCUCAGCUCAGACGUGAGGAGUGUGGUGUUCAAAGGGGAGAGCCAGGUGGAGGAGGUCCAGGUGGUGCGGCCCCUGACGCUGGCCCUGGAGUGCACCUGGACCGGCAGCCAGGACCGACCGCACAACAUCUCCGGCUUCUGGAGGAAGGACGGGUCUGAGCUGGCGGACAGCCGGCGCCCCGUGCUGCUGGAGAACCAGCAGUAUAACCUCAGACGGACGUUCAGCAUCACUGAUGAAGAGGGCUUGGGUAAUUACUCCUGUGUCUUCGACAAUCAAGCGGAAGUAGACUUCAUUUUGGCAGCGCCGCGGGUCGGGGAGGUGAGAGAUAAGCCCAUCGUCAGCUACGUGGGCGACUCUGUGGUCCUCCAAUGCAAGAUGGAAGACACCAAGCCCCAACCCAACUCCUGGACCUGGUACCGGGCCAACGGAACCGACAAGGAGCUCCUAGACCCUGAGCCGGACUCCCCCCAGUACCAGAUCCACAACCAGGAGGGGAAGACCAAGCUGACGGUGCGGAACCUGACGGAGGCGGACUCCGGGGCCUACUACUGCGGGGCGGUGUACGACAUCAGCGUGACCCUGAGCCGCGUGGACCUCCGGGUCAUCACCUUCCUGGAGCCGCUGAAGCCCUUCCUGGUGAUCGUGGGCGAGGUGCUGGUCCUGGUCUCCCUCAUCCUGCUGUACGAGAGGACCAAGGCCCACGGGCCGCAACCCGAUAAUACAUUGAGUGAUGACCAAGCUCAUAAACUGACCCCCGACGACGCCGGUGGAGAGGUCACGGAUUCUUCCACCAGGCAGCGGAAGGUCUGACCGGCCCAUCGGAUUCCUCUUGCCCAGGAAGUGUGUUUGUGGAUCAUUGUAUUAACAGAACAGCGCUUUAUGAACUAAUGUGGACCGACCUCAGACCAGUCUCACUUUGGAUUGGAGUUCGCUCAAACUCCAAAUAUUAAUGUUAUCUUUGGAACCAAAUCUAUUUAAUUUUGACUUUGUUUCAGUGACUAAUUCAGCGCUCAUUAUACCGGUGUUUAACACUUUUUCGCAGUGCCUUAAACGGUCCAACAGUACCAGCUAGACUCAGCUGAUCAUGAGGCUUUACCUGCUCUACACAUCGGCAAACAACUGCCUCCCUUCUCAACCUUUCAGCUCAGAAUAUCCCUCCUCAAGAGGCUGUGCCUGUAGCACUCAUAACGUGCAACCAAAAACCUUUUCAAGCGUCAAAUAUCCAAAUAAAAAAGGUA